GAAGCACCCCACCCUCAAGAGCACGAAGCUUUGCGCGUGCUCAAGAGACAGUAGUUUCCGUUUUGUUUCCUGCGUGUUGUGGGCAGAUUUCUGCGCGGAGCGCCUACUCUCCACUGCUUGCCAGCUUUGAAAACGCUUAAAUUGCAAAGUCAGCGGCAUACUCCUGACACAACAGGCACGUGUUUAUCAUUAGGUCCAUUGAGGAACCCAGAUAUGGAUGCUGAGCAGAACCAGGUGUUGGACACCGCAUCAGAGACUCGAGAGAAACACGAGACGGGAGCAGGAGGCUGCCCCCAGUCACAACUCGACUCUCCAAUAGAGCCUGCAGAAUCACCAGUGAAUAGGCAAGAAAUGGAGCAUUUGCAAGAUGUGGUUACAGAAUCAAGACCGUCAAAAGAAACGCAAGAGACGGCGCCUAAAGCAGAAAAAUCCCCAAUGAAAAUCUUAUCUCCUGAGAAGGUUCCAGAGACCUCUACAGAAGUUGUGACUAAAGCAGAGAAUUACCCAGAAAAACAACCAGAACUAGAGAGCUCAACACAGGUUUCUGAGCCAGCUACAGCAAUGUACGUAGAACGCGAAAACAUCCAGACCGCAGAGCCUAAAAAGCAGCCAAUGCCAGAGAGAACACCAGAGCCUCUAGCAGAGAAUAACAUUGAAACUGCGCCAGAGAAAAUAGCAGAACCCGUCCCAGAGGCUGUUAAACAGUCUGAGCAGGCAGCGCCCGAGCCUGUCACACAGCCAAAAUCUGAGGAUGUCAAACUGCUCCAACCAGAAGAGAAAGGGCCUGAGGAAUCUGAGAAGCAGGCAGAAUCUGGUAUUGUGUUGGAGGUGAUGCCAGCAGAGCCUGAAACUGUAAAGGAAGUGGAGGCAGACAGACUGACCGACACUGACAUUGUACCAGAGCCAAAGAAAUCAGUAGCGGCUGAGACUGUGAAGAAAGUGGAAGCAGAGAAACCGGUAGCGGCUGAGACUGUGAAGAAAGUGGAAGCAGAGAAACCGGUAGCGGCUGAGACUGUGAAGAAAGUGGAAGCAGAGAAACCAGUAGCAGCUGAGACUGUGAAGAAAGUGGAAGCAGAGAAACCGGUAGCGGCUGAGACUGUGAAGAAAGUGAUAGCAGAGAAACCAGUAGCAGCUGAGACUGUGAAGAUGGUGGAAGCAGAGAAACCGGUAGCAGCUGAGACUGUGAAGAUGGUGGAAGCAGAGAAACCGGUAGCAGCUGAGACUGUGAAGAAAGUGAUAGCAGAGAAACCAGUAGCAGCUGAGACUGUGAAGAUGGUGGAAGCAGAGAAACCGGUAGCAGCUGAGACUGUGAAGAUGGUGGAAGCAGAGAAACCGGUAGCAGCUGAGACUGUGAAGAUGGUGGAAGCAGAGAAACCGGUAGCAGCUGAGACUGUGAAGAUGGUGGAAGCAGAGAAACCGGUAGCAGCUGAGACUGUGAAGAUGGUGGAAGCAGAGAAACCGGUAGCAGCUGAGACUGUGAAGAUGGUGGAAGCAGAGAAACCGGUAGCAGCUGAGACUGUGAAGAUGGUGGAAGCAGAGAAACCGGUAGCAGCUGAGACUGUGAAGAUGGUGGAAGCAGAGAAACCGGUAGCAGCUGAGACUGUGAAGAUGGUGGAAGCAGAGAAACCGGUAGCAGCUGAGACUGUGAAGAUGGUGGAAGCAGAGAAACCGGUAGCAGCUGAGACUGUGAAGAAAGUGGAAGCAGAGAAGCCAGUAGCAGCUGAGACUGUGAUGGAAAAGAAACUGGUAGAAGCUGAAAUUGUAAAAGAAGUCGAGUCGGAGAAACGGGCAGAAGGUGAUGCAGUUGAGCAGCAGAAGGCAGAAGUUGUCGAGCAGGUCCCUGCUCCUGGCACUUUGUCUUUCGCUUUCCUGGAGCAUGAGCAGACCAAAGCCACCCUUCGCACCUCUCGCACUCUAAUCAUCCUCAGAGGCCUCCCCGGCAGCGGCAAGAGCCUCUUGGCACGUGCCAUUGCAGAUAGCUACCAGGGUCUCUGCACUGUCUGCUGUGCUGAUGACCAUGGUGUGAAACCGGAGAGUCCAGAAGCAUCGGCAGAUGGGUACAAGGCUUUUGACGCUGCUGUGGUAGCCUGCUGCAGUGUAGGAACAUCUGCUCAAGUGAUUGUGGUGGAUGACACCAACCAUACCCAUGAUCGGCUGGCCCGUCUGGGGGAGGUAGCAGAGCAGCACCGGCUGGUGGCCAUGUUUCUGGAGCCCCGCACUGAGUGGAGCAGAGACUUGCCACAGUUGGCCAAGAGAACUCUGCGGGGGCUAGAGGAAUCCCAGAUCCAGGCCAUGAAAGUUCCUCUUGAGGAGACGUCCCUACCCCUUUUCUUUGGCUGGUUCCUUCUCCCUGGCAUCCAGGACAAGGUCAGGUGCACGUCCAUGGAUUUCCUGAAGACGCUGGACACGCUUGAGGCCUUCAAGAAGCACUUGCCUGACUUCACUGUUGAGGCUGAGAAAGAGGUGGACCUGGAGCAGUAUUUCCAAGCCAAUGGAGCUCUUCAUUGCACUACCAAAUUCUGUGACUAUGGCAAGGCUGAGGGAGCCAAGGAAUAUGCAGACAAACCAAUUGUUAAAGAGUUGUAUGGCUCUGCGUUCGAGCUGUCCCUUAGUGCCCUCUUCGUCACACCUCGCACUGUUGGUGCCCGGGUUUCUCUCUCUGAGGAUCAGUUAACCCUGUGGCCUGCCGACGCUGAAAAGGAGGCAGUCCCUCUAGUCCCGGCUGCCGCCACCCUGCCCGCAGGCAGCCGUGCCCACAUCACCCUGGGCUGUGCGGAGGGGGUUGAGCCACAGCAGACUGGCUUUGACCUGCUGGAGAUCCUAGCGCUGCAGCAAGAGGGUCAGGAGGGAGAGCUGGUGGAGGAGAUGGAGCUCGGCUCCCUGGCCUACUACGGCAAGGGGAGGUGGCUGCUCAGUCUGAGGGAGCCCGUCUCCGCCCAGGCCUGCUUCUCCAGCCUCUACGGGCCCAAGAAGGCCGACACGACCAAGAAAGACGGGGACAAGAAGAAAAAGCAAAAGUGCACCAUACUGUAAAGGAGAGGGGGAAGGUGGUGGUAAUGGAUGGCUCGGGAUGAGUGGCGUACUAGUGUUCUGAUUUGUCUGUGGGGAGGUUUGUGUUUGUGCUACUUUUGGGGUUUGGGAGGCGUCUUGGAUAUCCACCCCAAAUCCACAAGCUGUGUGCCUUUCUCUAUUGCUUUGCUGCACAACCCAAGAGGCCUUUAAACCACAGUUUAGGUCAAGCUUAGCAUCUUGUUCAGUGUCUUGUCAUGCGUUUUAGUGCCAUAGUUGCAAUUGGAUAGGAUUUCUGUAGACAAUGCCUGAUUUCAUGGCUCAGAUGUAGUACUGCUGUACCUAGUACCGCUUCUCCCCGUUUGUGACCACUAUUUUUCCCUACUCAAUUCACGUCUAACACUAUAUACAACCCCUUCCGUACAUGUCAGUGUUAAGCAUUUAGAUGUGUUUUCAUGUUUGGUGUGAGUGGCUCAAAUAGUAUUUUCAUCGCAUGCCAGGUUUUUCAGUUUAGCUGAUGUAGUUCUAGUCAUGAUUAGCUUCUUUGCAAAAAGUUGCACAUCUCUUUCAGAAAUUUCUCGUGACACUGGUCAUUUCCUGUGAUUUAGUCAGUCGGCCCUAUCAUUGUGUUUGUGCAUUUGUAUGUGUGUGUUUAGUACGAAGGAAAGAGCUGGGUAAUUUCAUAAGUAGCUCAUGGUCCAAAAGGGUGAUGAACUGUAAAUGUCAUUCAUCGAGGCCAUUCCUAAUUAACUCUUUUUGCACGAUGCAGCAGAAAUCAAAGGGAGAAUGCUGAUGAAUGUGCAGUUUGUUUGAUUAGCUGGCACUUACUUGGUACUUAUCAAAUGCUGUGAAACCAAGGCCACAAUUUGCAAUAUUCUGUAGUAUAGGUGACUGCAGCCUGGGAUCAUCCCUCUUUCUGUCAACCAUAGUUUUCGCAUGUCAAGUUGUAUGUAUUCACUGUCUUUUCAUGACUGAUGUGUGGGUCUCUUAGGGCAAAGCCAUGCUUGUGUAUUUCUUCCAAUGAGUCACUAUUUUUGCACAUGUUUUGUACACUUAAUAAAGGAAUUUGUUUUGCGGCAAA